AUGAUUUAAGAUUCUUUAUUUGCUGAAUCCUUUUGGAAUCCAUUUAAAGAUAAAUGGUAAAUGAAUUUGGAUGAUGAAGAAGUAAAUAUUUUUCAUAAAUUUGAAGGAAUAAACAUUUGAUUUGUACUCUGAAAGGGGACUGGAGAGAUUUAGAGUGAUCUAAGAUCAAUUAUUUGCCAAUAGUUAAUAUAUAAAUUUAGUGGAAACAUAUAUUAAUUUAGAUGAGAGAGGAGUAACUCUAUAAAAUAAAUUUGGUUAAAUAAAUAUCAACGGGCCUAANUUCAAUUAUGAAUAGAGUCCAUUUGAAAGUAAUUAAAUAUUAUUUUUAUGA